AUGGGGGUCUUAGGUCGCAAGUCCCGGAAGGUCAGUGGUUGGGUGGACGCGGCGUCCCGGAGCUCCAUCUGGGGAGGCCACAAUGCCGAUGAGAUCGACAGCAUCAACACCCUGGGUGGGGUGGUCAGUGCCUUGGCUUUAUCCUUCGUCUUGGGCUUGCAGUACAUGGUGGCGCCCGGCACGGAUGAAAUGCAAUAUGCCGACUUCAGAAGCCUCAUUUGUAAGAGCCAGGAGAGCCGGGAGGAGUUUCGGAGCUUUGUCAUUGAUGUUUUCAAGGUCGAGGACAUUGGCAAGCACAGCGAGGAGCGUCCCGUCGUCGGACGACGGUCGACGGCGCAGCCGCUCGGCGCGAGCGGAACGAGCGACGGGUUCGGUAAAAAAGAGGAGUAUUUCAAUUUCACUAAGAUGGUGCGGCUCAACACUUACAUGGACAUCGAGCAGUUGCUCCGCACCGGCGUGCAGUCCCGCUACGGUGAAUCUGAAGGCCCAGAGAAGCACAUCGCAUGCAUCAGCGACAAAGACGUGCAGACGGCCGUGGCCUUCACCGCCGCAGAGUUUCCCAUGGAGUACAUGCGCGCCUUCGUGUUGCAGACCGGUGAUUUUUACCGAUGGUCAAAGGUGACCGAAUACAUCGGAGGGCUGUCUGGUUCCUUGAUCUUUUCCUCGUUGCUGUGGAGCAUCAUCUUGAACCUCAGCCUAGCACUGGCGCCCGUGCGCGAAGAUGCUAGCGGAACUGCCUUGGUGGCAUGGUUGAUGAUUGGAGGACCCACGAUGUUUGCCAACUACCUCUUCCUGGUGGUGGGCCUCAUGAUGUUCUUCUUCACACAUGGCAGGCAACUGAUGGCGCUGAGCCCUUUUGCAGGGGCCACGAUGUCCAAUACGGUGGAUGUCUCCUUGUUCUCCAUUCUGCUGCCCAUCUUUCUGAUCGGACUUGUCUUAGGCCAGGCAUGCAUGGCUGUCGUGCGCAGGAGUUGA